AAAACGCGAGAUGAAUACAUUAACCGAGUUUGAAAAACCGCUGUAUACCAAAGUCCCGGAACACCCGGGUGUCUGGAAACCUCAUCUCUAUAGACCUAUGCCAAUAAGAUCUGCUAUGGAUUCAAGUGAUCCUCAUUUGCUCGACGGUUACAGCUUCAACCAUAUUUACCUUCAAACACCGUCAGAGUUUCCUGCUUGGAAGCAAAGCAAUACGGAGGGCUAUGGAGACUUUGUGUUACGUCUCAACAGCCAAUACAACAGUAUUUAUCGGCAAUAUUUCGAAGGACAAGAUUUAGGAAUACCUACUUUGCAGCAAGAUCAGAUAGAUUUGAGAAACACAACGUAUCGUAGGCACUACUGUCAAUCGGCUAGAAACCUUGAUUCAAUUGACAUCAAAAGAAUGAAGAUACGUGCCCAAAAGCAGAAUGUUCCGAUACCGAAUGGAUGGCAAUUCAAACCCACAACAUCAGCGAACGCCCAUCGAAGCUGGGAGGAAUUGGCCGCAUUGAACAGAGCUGCGCACGAAAUGAACCACACUUACGAAUGAAAUUACACAUGGUAAGAAGUUAAUGAAAUGAGAAAAUACUUACUCUUGUUGUAAGC